UCCGGGCAGGCGGGCUCGGGCUUCCCCGGGGUGGCCGCCGCCGCCAUGGACCCGUUCCUGGUGCUGCUGCACUCGCUGUCCGCCUCUCUGUCGAGCGACGAGCUGAGGGAGCUCAAGUUCCUGUGCAACGGGCGUGUGGGCAAGCGGAAGCUGGAGCGCGUGCAGAGCGGCCUGGACCUCUUCUCGGUGCUGCUGGAGCAGAACGACCUGGAGCCCGAGCGCACCGACCUGCUGCGCGAUCUGCUCACGGAGCUGCGGCGCCAUGACCUGCUGCUGCGCCUGGACGCCUUCGAGGCGGGGGCGGCGAGCGGGCCGGCGCCGGGGGCGGCAGACCUGCGUGCAGCCUUCGACAUCGUGUGCGACAAUGUGGGCAAGGACUGGCGGCGGCUGGCCCGGCAGCUGCGGGUCUCGGAUGCCAAGAUCGACGGCAUUGAGGAGCGCUAUCCGCGGAAUCUGUCCGAGCGGGUGAGGGAGUCGCUGCGAGUCUGGAAGAACUCAGAGAGGGAGAACGCCACGGUAGCCCGCCUGGUGGAGGCGCUCAGGGCCUGCCGGAUGAACCUGGUGGCUGACCUGGUGGAGGAGGAGCAGCAGAGCCGGGACCCCCAGAACCAGAGCGGCGCCGCAUCCCCGAUGUUGUGGGACUCAGGAUCACCCUGACGGAGAGCCGGGCAGGGGAAGGCCCCGUCCCAGGAGCCCUGGGCCUGCCACUUAUGUGGCAGAGCUGCAUUUACCCAGCACACCUGUGUGCCAGGC